CCCUCUCUCCCUCCUCCCAACACCUCCUUCUCCCGACUCCCUCCCGGCGCCGCUAAGUUUCUUCGCUCGCGCCGGCUAGCAGAGCCGGGCCCGGCGGGAGCAGCGCCCCCGCUGCCCUGCCACCACGCAGAUCCCGGGCCGGGCCCGGGCCCCUUCGAGCCAUGCUGUGCAGCCACUGGAGGAGCCUCCGCCGCCGGCGCAAGGAGACCCGGGUGCGGGCCCAGGUCGCAGCGCCCCUUGCGCUCCCGCCCCCGCCCUCACCCCAGGACGGCGGCACCAAGAGGCCCGGGCUGCGGGCGCUGAAGAAGAUGGGCCUGACUGAGGAUGAGGACGUGCGCGCCAUGCUGCGAGGCUCCCGGCUCUGCAAGAUCCGCUCGCAGAAGUGGCAGAAGGAGCGGCUGUACCGGCUGCAAGAGGACGGCCUGAGCGUGUGGUUCCAGCGGCGCAUCCGCCAUGCACCGUCGCAGCACAUAUUCUUCGUGCAGCACAUCGAGGCCGUCCGCGAGGGUCACCAGUCUGAGGGCUUGCGGCGGUUCGGGGGCGCCUUCGAGCCAGAGCGCUGCCUCACCAUCGCCUUCAAGGGCCGCCGCAAGAACCUGGACCUGGUGGCGCCCACGGCGGAGGAGGCGCAGCGCUGGGUGCGCGGCCUGGCCAAGCUGCGCGCGUGCCUCGAUGCCAUGAGCCAGCGCGAGCGCCUCGACCACUGGAUCCACUCCUAUCUGCACCGGGCAGACUCCGACCAGGACAACAAGAUGAGCUUCAAGGAGAUCAAAAGCCUGCUCAGAAUGGUCAACGUGGACAUGAAUGACAUGUACGCCUACCGCCUCUUCAAGGAGUGUGACCACUCCAACAACAAGCGACUGGAGGGGACUGAGAUUGAGGAGUUUCUGCGGCAGCUGCUGAAACGUCCCGAGUUGGAGGAGAUCUUCCAUCGGUAUUCAGGCGAGGACCGUGUGCUGAGCGCCCCUGAGCUGCUGGAGUUCCUGAAGGACCAGGGUGAGGACGGCGCCACGCUGGCCCACGCUCAGCAGCUCAUCCAGAACUAUGAGCUCAACGAGACAGCCAAGCAACACCAGCUGAUGACUCUGGAUGGCUUCAUGAUGUACCUGUUGUCGCCCGAGGGGGAUGCCCUGGACCCUGCCCACACGUGCGUGUUCCAGGACAUGGACCAGCCCCUCGCCCACUACUUCAUCUCCUCCUCCCACAAUACCUAUCUGACCGACUCUCAGAUCGGGGGGCCCAGCAGCACCGAGGCCUAUGUUAGGGCCUUCGCCCAGGGAUGCCGCUGUGUGGAGCUGGACUGCUGGGAGGGGCCAGGAGGGGAACCCAUCAUCUACCACGGCCACACACUCACCUCCAAGAUCCUCUUCCAAGAUGUGGUCCAGGCCGUGCGCGACCAUGCCUUCACGCUGUCCCCGUACCCGGUCAUCCUAUCCCUGGAGAACCACUGUGGGCUGGAGCAACAGGCUGUCAUGGCCCACCACCUCCGUACCAUCCUGGGGGAUAUGCUGGUGACACAGGCAUUGGACUCCCAGAAUCCUGAAGAGCUGCCGUCCCCAGAGCAGCUGAAGGGCCGGGUCCUGGUGAAGGGGAAGAAGCUGCCAGCUGCUCGGAGCGAGGAUGGUCGAAUUCUAUCGGACCGGGAGGAGGAAGAUGAGGAAGAGGAAGAAGAGGGGGUGGAGGCUGCAGAGCAGAGGCGGCAGGCCAAGCAGAUCUCCCCGGAACUGUCCACCCUGGCCGUGUACUGCUGUGCCACCCGCCUGCGGAACCUGUGCCCUGUCCCUGCCCCAACCCAGCCCUGCCAGGUCAGCUCUCUCAGCGAGCGCAAGGCCAAGAAGCUUGCCCGAGAGGAAGGGAACAGCUUUGUCAGGCACAACACCCGCCAACUGACCCGUGUCUACCCGCUGGGGCUGCGGAUGAACUCGGCCAACUACAGCCCCCAGGAGAUGUGGAAUUCAGGCUGUCAGUUGGUGGCCCUGAACUUCCAGACACCAGGCUACGAGAUGGACCUCAACGCUGGGCGCUUCCUCAUCAACGGGCAGUGUGGCUAUGUCUUGAAACCUGCCUGCCUGCGGCGGCCCGACACAAACUUCGACCCUGAGUCCCCUGGACCGCCCAGAACUACUCUCACCAUCCAGGUGCUGACUGCACAGCAGCUGCCCAAGCUGAAUGCCGAGAAGCCAAACUCCAUCGUGGACCCCCUGGUGCGUGUCGAGAUCCAUGGGGUGCCCGCAGACUGUGCUCGAAAGGAGACCAACUACGUGCUCAACAACGGCUUCAACCCCCGCUGGGGGCAGACCCUGCAGUUCCAGUUGCGGGUUCCGGAGCUAGUGCUGGUCCGGUUUGUGGUUGAAGAUUAUGACACCACCUCGCCCAAUGACUUUGUGGGCCAGUUUACACUGCCUUUCGACAGCCUGAAGCAAGGGUACCGCCACAUCCACCUGCUUUCGAAGGACGGAGCCUCUCUGUCACCAGCCACGCUCUUCGUUCAUAUCCACAUCCAGCGCUCCUGAGGGUGACUGACCCACCCUGGGCUUCUGCGGGUACUGGUCUGCGUCGUACGGUGGCGGAGGCCCUCUCCUCUGGAGUGGAGGCGCUGUGUGAGCAGCAGCCCGUCCAGCCCGCUCGGUCUGCCAGCUCACCAGGCUUGUCGCAAUGGGGUGCUGAGGACUGCCUCAGCCCCUCCUGAAGAACAGGUGGUUGAUAUUUUCCCUGCAACCCUGAGACCUUGAGCUGGCCCCAGCUCCCCAAGUCCAUGGCCCACCCCUCUUCCUGGUUUAUGAGGAGCCAGGCCUGCUGCUGCCAGGAGACUUGGGAAGCAGGACAUGAGCCCUCAGCGCCUCUGUCCCCCACCCCCAGCCAAAAGGGCUCCAGCCACACCCCUUGCUUCCCCCACCCAGGCACUGGCCACCCCCUAAGGCUCUCCUGCCCCCCAGGUUUUCCUGGGCUCCUCUCUCAGACUCUUGAACCUGAGUUCUCUUCCCUUGUUAAAGCAAGAAGGGAGAGCUGAGGCUGGGAACCCUGGGGACACCUAGAAGUAGGUUUUUAUCUCGUGUCAGAGAAGAUCCCUGGAGAGGACAGAACAAGACUAUUUUAAAAAAUAAAAAAGCACUACUUUACUACUACUGCCACCCCUGACCACCUCUGAUGAUAUACCCAGGCCCAUGAGGAAGGAUGGGGCAGAGGGCGAGUCCCCUGGGCCUCUUCCCCCGGCAGGGUCUGAAUUUGUCUGAGGAAGCCAGGGGUGCUGGAGGGGAGGCCACAGCUCCAAAUAGCCAGGACUCCUGCUCUUAGCUUAAAGCUGUUGCCAACAUCACAAGACUGAGGUUGCCAAUCACAAGCUGCCCCCACAACCCUACUAGGGGCCUUGAAUGGUGAGCUUCUGCCAGGAAAGAACUGUUAGGCCCUAAAGGGGGUGGGGACAGGACUCUGAGGGGCCUCAGACAGACCCCCACUUUCCAGGCUCAGCAGGGUUCAAUGCCUGUCUAGUCAGUAGACAGACCCCAGAGACCUGAGGCUCGCCUUCUACCAGCCAACCAACCUUUUGACAAAGGCCUGGAAGGCAGCGGCUGCCCAUGCUGCCUCUAGAGAUGCUGGGAAAGCAUGCUGAGGCCUGACAGGAUCCAGAGAAAACAUGUCAGAAAGGUGACUUUCUGGGAUUAAAUGUGGCGCCCUGGCAUUUUGGGUUCCAUGAGGCAACAGCACCGACACUGAGCAAGGGCAGAGUUUAACGGCAGGUUGUGUCCUCUCAGGCUGCAGCUCAGGGCCAAGGCACCAGCCGUGGGGGACCUGAAAGAAACACGGGGUCAGUAAACAGAUGAAAAGUUCCAGAGGAAGAGAACGGAAAAUGGGAGGCCUAAAGGCGGUGACUCGGGCCCUUCCCCAGAGAGCUGGCUCAGUAGGUGUGUGGUGGGGCCUGGCGCUGAAAGCACUGCUGCCUCUACAGAACCACCCAGCAGCUCCUGGCCCAGAAGGGGAGAUGGUGGCAUCUGGAUGAGUGACAAGGAGGAACCACUGCUAAUCCAGACCACAGGCGGCUCUGCUCCCAGCCGUGGAAGCCCCGCCGUCCUCCUAGAGUGAAGCUGAGUUAGUACUUGCUCCUCGCUGGUGGGUGGGAGAGGUUUGGGGGAAAGAGCCAAGUUUGCCCUGAAAGGGUAACAUUGCCCAAGGAGUCUUCAAAAGUCGCUCUGGUGCUGUGGUCACGAGGGCCUUUCCUGCAGGGCGCUCUAGCCCAGGUUGGAGAUGCCACCUGUUCCACUGCUACCUGCAGUCCAGAGGAAAACCAGGAGGGCGGAAGGGUUUUAUUCAGCGGCUUCCUUUAUUAGAAACAAGUGAGAUGUAUGGAGCUGAACGACAAUGCAUUUGGUAUUUCUUACCACACCCUGGAAAUGGAUGCCCCUCCCAAAGCCUGGAGAAAAGCCAAGACGAAAAGGUGAAGCCUCCCCCUUCCCUGUUCCCAGGUGCGGCACCUUGCCUACAGUCAAUGUUUCUGAAUUGAAUUGAAUGUAAUUGUCCCACACGG